AUGUCCCUCCCGGAACCUUCCAUACACCCCGCGUCCCCCUUACCCUCCAGACCGGAGGCCAAACCCCGGCCCCCAAUCUCUAGGAAACCCCCUCCCUCCAACGGAUCCCCCUCCACCCCCUCCCAACUCGGGGAGAGGGGCAGCACAGGCAGCAAUUCCAGAGGUAAAGUCAAGAGCAUAGUGAGCAAGUUCAGUCACCCAGAGACUACACCUACCACCAGAGGAUAUGCUACACCAACUGCCAAUGGCACCACCGUCAAACCUCCUCUCCGGACCCGAGGGCCCAGGAGGGCCCCCACGGUCAAGCCCAAACCGUCCCGUGCCUCCAUCCAGCAGUCUGCGAGUCCAGACCAGGCCCCUCCACUGCCCAUGAAGAGGAGCCGGAUCCUGCGGCAGCAGAGCGACCAGGCCAAGAGGGACACCCCUGGAGGAGAGGAGGGCAUCCCAGCCAGUCGAUCAGCACCUGACGGAAAAGAGGUAGAGCUUCAGCUGAUUGGAGGAGUGGAAGUUGAGCCGGAGCACGGUUCAGGCACGCCCCUUAGCCCAUGCUGCGAUCAGGACUGCAGUUGUGUGUGCCACCUCCACCGGCCCGGCAUGAAGCUGAUAUGGUACCCCACCGGGUGGCCCCUCCACCCCCCACCAGCCCCCUGCUGCCCCACAGAGUCCCCCCACCUCAGCCCCCCCAAAACGGGCAGGGACGACAGGAGACUCAGUAACAUCUCCGGCCAUUCCAUCAACCAAGCCAUAAAAGAACAAGAGGAGGAUGGACGCACUGAAGGAGAAAAGGAGGACACAGAGGAAGACUGUAUGCCUGUAGCCCCACCCAGGAGAGGAUCCUAUAUUGACUGGGAGUCCAGACUGCAGGAUGAGCCUCUGUACCAGACGUACCGCGCCACUGUCAUCACCAAGGAGAUCCGGCGCCAGACGGUGUGCCGCAACAUCAGCAAGACUAGUGCCGACUACCACAUGGACUGGACUGCCCGCCGUGGUGGCGUGGGCAUGGGGUCGGGUGGCGUGGGGGCGGUGGGCAGUGGUACUAUUCCAUUGCCCACCCCGGGCCAGAGCACCCUGUGGCAGGACAUACCAGGAGUACGGGACAGUGGGGUGCUGGAGACUCUCAGCCCUGAACAGUGCAAGUACCAGGAGAGUAUGUUUGAGGUGUUGACAUCGGAAGCGUCGUACCUGCGUUCCCUAAGAGUUCUCACAGAACACUUCCUGGAUUCCCGGGAUCUGGACGAAGCGCUGAUCAUCCGGGACAGGAAGACCCUCUUCUCCAAUGUCCUGCGAGUCCGGGAGGUCAGCGAGAGGUUUCUGAAGGACCUGGAGGACCGUAUGGACGAAGGUCUGGUGUUCUCCGACAUCUGUGACAUCAUCCACUACCACGCACAGCACAACUUCCCGGCCUACAUCGACUACGUCCGCAACCAGAUCUACCAGGAGAAGACCUACACAUCCCUCAUGAAAACCAAUGUGGCGUUUGCCACGGUCAUCACCCGUCUGCAGGAGUCUCCUCAGUGCCAGCGGCUGCCAUUCAUGUCCUUCCUGCUGCUGCCCUUCCAACGAAUCACACGCAUUAAGAUGCUCAUCGAGAACAUCCUGAAAAGAACAAAGGAGGGGACUACAGAGGAACAGACCGCCUCCAAGGCCCUGGACUCUGUUUCCAAGAUCAUAGAGGAGUGCAACACCCAAGUGGGGAAGAUGAAACAGGUGGAGGAGUUGAUCCACCUCUCCAAGACGCUGGAGUUUGACAAGCUCAAGGCCAUCCCCAUCAUCUCCCAAACCCGUUUCCUGGAGAAGCGUGGGGAGGUACAGGAGAUGGCUAAAGGGGGCAACAUCUUCAACCUGCGUCCCAAGUUCACCCCUGUCUACCUCUUCCUCUUCAACGACCUGCUCAUCAUCGCCACCAAGAAGGGUUCGGAGCGUUUCGUGGUGAUGGACCACGCCCACCGUUCCCUGGUCCAGGUUCAGCCAAUAAGAGAGGACCAGGCCCUGGGCCCUAGCUAUGAACACUGUUUCUGUCUGACUCUACUGGAGAACCACCAGGGACGCAUGAUGGAGAGGCUGAUGAAGGCCUCCUCACAGUCUGACCUGCACAGGUGGAUAGCAGCGUUCCCUAACCCUGGUAACCAUGAUGGAGAUCAGGAGGAAGUCAUCUAUGAUGACUGGGACUGUCCUCAGGUGCAGUGUGUGGAGCAGUACAUUGCUCAGCAGGCUGAUGAGCUCACCCUGGAACCCACAGAGAUCAUCAACGUGGUGCGCAAGACCAACGAGGGUUUGUACGAGGGGAUCCGUCUCUCCGACGGACAGAAGGGUUGGUUCCCCGUGGAGAAUGUUUUAGAGAUCACCAACGAGCAUGUGCGGCGACGGAACCUUCGGGAGCGCUACCGGGUCUUUCAGGCCGCCAGCAUUGUCACCAACAAGGUCAAGACCCUUCCAUAGUGUUGACGGAACGUCAAGGGAACAUUCCAGAAUAGUAAAGACCAUGCCUUGAGGUCAGCUUAAUGGUGACAGAACAUCAGGAGAACGUCAUUCGAACGUUGACAAAAUGUUACAGAACAUUUAACUGGAUAGGGGAGAGUGAACCAGUGCCUGCUCUGCAUGCUCCCCUGAAUAACUCUUAACUGUAGAUAUGGGAUUUCUGAGAAGCGCUAUCUCACUGUGGGUUUUGACUAGAGGCGGCUUGACAUUUGCAUAAAGUAGAGCAGAGACCGUUUUUUUCUCUACCUGCCCACUAUUAGGGUUCUCGCCGUUCACCUUCCCACAGUUCCCCACACAUUUCUGUGCCCUCGUUGAAAAUGAAUGGGGCAGAACUUGCGGAAUUCAUUGUUUGUGAAAACCCUACGUUAUCAUAUCAUGCAAUUAGCAUGUUUUCAUUUUGUACAGAUUACUCAUUUGUUGGAAGUUAUGGGGGAAUGUUUUUGUUUUUUUAGGGAACUUUAAAGAACCAGGAAAUGAAAAAUAUGGUAGGAGGAUGAUGUACUAAUUUAUUACAGGCAAACAAAAAUGGA